AUGUCUCCCGAAUCUUCCAACAAGUACUACAAAGUCGGGGUCCUCCUAUUUCCCGGCGUAGACAUCCUCGACUUCGCGGGGCCGAUCGAGGUACUAUCCCAUGUCUCGCACAACCGAAACCCAGAAAGACCCGACAGAAUGUUCGAAAUCAAAACCGUCGCUUGCAGCCCUGCGAUUCGUGCUGCGAAUUCGCUUACAGUUCACGGAGACCUGCUUUUGCCAGACGCAAUCGAUCAAAUUUCAGACUUUCAUCUCCUAGUCAUCCCAGGUGGCCCCCCCCCAUUAAUCGAAACCAACACACCGGAGCUUGGCUUGAUUCGCAAGUUUGCAGCGCUUCCUGCAGAUGCGUCAUCAGGCACCCGGGUUUUGCUGUCGGUUUGCACCGGCGCUUUUCUGCUAGGGGCCGCAGGUGUACUCGGCGGAAUGACUGUGACGACCCACCACCAUGCGCUUGACAGACUUCGAGAUGUUUGUGCUCGUUUUAAUGCUCCGGGUGAGCCUACGACGACUGUAAUGCACAAGCGAUAUCUUGAUGGGGGUCUGUUGAAGGGUGGCGGUGUUCAACUCCUCACGGCGGGAGGAGUAAGCUCAGGCUUGGACGCCACAUGCUACCUUGUUAGUCAAUUGACAACACCUGACAUGGCGGCAUUUAUCACUCGGGUCAUGGAGUAUGAUUGGCAUGAGAUCAAAGAGUGA